UGUUGUUGCCAUAAGGAUUGGAUAUAACUGUAUGAAGAAUGUUUUAACCGCUAGUACGCGAACGAAAUUCAGAUCAGUUCAAAUAUUCAAAAUUAUUUAACAAUGGUCUUUUAGCUUGAGCAAGUGAAAAUUACAUUUUCCUCGACUUUUCAAAAAAAUGUCCGACACUUCUUGUCCUAAGACUUGUGACCUAUUAUCUGUCGCAACAAUUUUGUUUUCAAUUGGAAUUGUGCAGCUCCUUGCAGGAAUUAUACUUUUGAAAUCUGAAAAUGUUUACGUUCUUGCUGGUACUGACUUUGCCGUGGCUGCGACUAAUAUCUUAGUUGGUAGUUUAUUGGGAAUCGCUGCAAGCGUGUGGGAAAAAAAGAAAAAGGUGGCUUCUUGCAAAAGGCAAAAUGUUCUAGCUUGUUUGUAUAUAGCUGCAUUGAGUAUGAAUGCUACUGGGGCUAUCAUAAUGAUAUUGGGGGACGGUAACAAAUUGCUGAUAUCAAAGGACAAAGAAAAUGUUUCCAAAGACUUUAUGUUUGAAAUUACGGCAUGUGCUUACGUAACUUCUGUCUGUUCACCGAUAGUAUGCUUGGUCAUUGCUCUCGUUUGUCUAUCUGGGAUUAGGAUUCAGAUUCAUGACAAUAUGAAGAAGAAAAAUAGUAUAACAAAAGCAGAAUCCUAUGGAUGGGUGUUUGAAAACAACCAUGACAGUCGCUCAAGAAACCUUGGUGCUCUUCUCCAAGAUUCAUCCAAUCAAAAUGCUUCAGUUUCUGAUGAUAACGUAUUCCUCGACCAAAGAUCUGCCACUAAAAAGUUACUGAAGGUAAAACCUUCAAAAAAGACCAAAUCGAGAGAUUCAGUUACCUCCGUUAGUGAACUUAAAACUCCUUUGGAGAUUUGGACCCACAAACGCAACAAGAUGAUAAAGGAAAUAACCUCGCCGCAACCUAUAUUUUUUGCCGAUGAUUACCUUCAAUUUCCAGACUUUAAAUAUGAUUCUUACAUUGGAUUUAAGAUUCCAAGAAUCACCGAAACUUCUUUCAUCCGACCGGGCAGUCGUGGCAGUAAUCAAACAGAAAGUUCCACAAACUUGGAACGCCAAAUAGACAAAAUCGAAAAGACGAUGUCUUGCAAACCUUCUAAACCGCAUUUAGACGAACUCAACAAUAAACUUGCUUCCAGACGAUUGAGUUAUCCUGACUCUGCGCACCUUGUUGAAAAGUUUGAGUGUAAUGAGGAAGAAUUGGAAAAUUUGCCUCAAACCGCAUUAGAAGAUCACAAAAAAUCCAUUGAUGAAACAGACUCUCAAACUUCUCAUCCAACUCACCCCAAAUUGCAGAGAACUCAAGCAAAUUUAAAUCCUAAAAUUGCACCAAAACAUUUAAAACAGCAAUCGGCAUGCUUCGAUUCUGAAGCAAUCUGUUCUCCUGAAUUGCCUUCUGAAAGUUCCAUAGUUGGAAGCCUAGAUUGGCUCCAGGGCUCACAUAAAGCACGACGAAAUUCAAACGAUUCAGGUUCAUCAGGUUUGACAGCUGAAACAAUCAGUGAGUUGAAAGCAAAAAUUAAUAAAAUGAGCUUUGCUGAAGACGAAAGCCCAGAACAAAAUAAAGAAUUUUUGAGAUCAUUCAAGCAGGACGGUAAACGAAAGUCUCAUUUGUCUGAGUCUGACGUUGGAUGUAACCAAAGUGCUUUUCAGAAAUUGCAUGCCAAGUAUGCAGUUUUUUCACAAAACUCUGAAAGUGAUUCUAAAACCACGUUAGCUGGUGAAGUCGUUCCAAUAUCGGUUAGGCCAACUGCAAUCAAUAGAGCCAAUAGCAUUCCUGUAAAAACAAUUUGUUCACAAACUGCAAAUAGAUAUUCUGUUGAUGUGAAAAAUAUUUCAUCAGACCAAAGGCUGGAUAUGGACUCGGAUGAUAGCAAAUUUUUACCUGCAAAUGGUGAAUCUCAGUCAAGUCAGAGAACUUAUCCUUUUUCCAACAGCUAUAAAGAAAAAUCUACGCAUAAAUCAGAUACAGAAUCCAUUAAUUCUUCCAAGCAUUCAGAGGAGAAAUGUCAUUUCAAGCAAAGAAUGUCUAUUAUGGGUUCUAUUGCAGAAUCUCCGACAGAAGAAUUCCUUCAAGUCAUUUCAGAAUCUGAAAAAUCAGAUCGUGAAUCAUAUAAUUCACCACCCAAAACAAAUAACGACAGAGAUUCACCUACGGAUGGACCAAGACUGGCAAAAAACUCCUUUUCCUUAAAGCGCUUUUCAUCUAAGGCGGCACCAAAUUUGCUGAACAGGCUUUGGUCAAUGAAGAGGUCUGAAACGAAGACUGAUUUCAGCAGUUUAAUUAUGGAUAGUGAUUCAUUGGUCGGUCUGAAUGACGAGGAAUUAAUGGCCAGAACACGCAGAAUACGCCAGUUACGAAAGUCAGUUGAAUUGAGAUCGCAGCUUGAAAAGCACGAUGAUGUAGUUUGACCACUCAAUAAGACAAGAAAAAUGAAUUGUGAAUGACGAACGAGGUGGUGAAUUGGCUCUAGAAUACUUAUUGCAGUGUUCCGAACAUAGACUUUUCAUUGUUUAAGAUUAUAUUUAGUUCAGAACUGAUCGAAUCAGUUCAGAAUUCAAUCGAAGAGCCAGUUUAAAUGAGUGAUUUAAUCAUGAAUUAAAGAGCCAGUCUAAAUGAGCUGUUUUUAUUGUUGUAUUUUAUGUGCAUUUAUGAAAUCCAUGUUCGUGUAAAUUUUUCUGAAAUGUAAUUUUAUUUCUUUUUAAUAACAAUAAAAUUUAUGAUUUUUAAUA